UCCAUUGGGUCAAGGAGCUGUCAUUUUCCGCCGGGCUGCGGGGCCAGAAAUGGGGUAGGCUGCGCCAGUUAUAAGGUCGUUGCCCAAGCCGCUGACGUCUUUCGAAUCCGAGACGAGCCGUCGGGUUGAGUUCCCUCGUGGUGACUGAGCCAUCAGCUGGGACUCAGGAGGCAGCAAUAGAUUGGGAGUGGGCGAGCUGCUGUCCUUAAGCAAAAAAAAACCACAGAGAAAAGCAGUACAAUACUGACUUUAUGUCCCAAAAACGCCGAUUGCAAGAUCAUGACAUUAAUCCAUGUUUAGAGCUCUAUGAAGGAAGUUCUGCUGAUGCAUUUGCUUUGGCUCUGCAAAGAAGUACCACUUCCCGAGUUCAGCUUGCCUUAUUUUUUUAUCUCCCAGCUCCUUUCUAUGAAUUGAGAAGUAGUUCAGUUGAAGAUGAAAGCGAUGCUUCUAGAAAGUGUUUGGAAGUGAAUCAAUCCGAUAAGGAUAUGUGUGCAAUCUUUUUUCUAAAGUAUAAAAGUUGCCGAAAAUUUUGGCAUGGGAUUAUGAUGCAGAGAAGACAAGAUGGAAUAAAACCAUAUAUGCCUAUAGCAGAAGAAAGAAAGAAAAUUCUAGCUUCAUUGGGAAGAGCACCAUAUUGACCAUACAGUUUUAUUAAUAUAGGAUGUGUAAUGAUUUUACUAUAACAGUGUGCUUUAUUUUAUUUUAAAAAGUGGUUUCUUGAUAGCUGCAUUGCCACUACCUUGUACUGUAAUUUUUACCAAAAACAAAGAACCCUGAAACUUCAAAUGUCUAAAGAAUGAAAUGCAUUCUUAUAUGGGAAAAAUUUGUAGAAAUAAAUAAGGUUUUGCAAA